AUGCAAGUUGACAAAAAUAAGAGCUUCCGACCCAAGAAACGCAUUGAAAAAGGUCAACGUGGGUAUGGGCUCAAGCAAAUCGCGAAGAUGACUCUUGGUUCUGGAAACCUUGAUCUCGCAGUCGAAGUUCCUGUCGGGGAGGAUCUGAAUGAAUGGUUUGCAGUAAAUACAAUUGAAUUUUACAAUGAAAUUAACCUCAUUUAUGGCGCCUUGACUGAGUUCUGCACCCCUGAGUCUUGUCCAGUUAUGUCAGCCGGGCCUAAAUAUGAGUACUUGUGGGCUGACGGACAAAAUGUGAAGACGCCUCUAAAAGUUUCUGCUAGUGAAUAUAUUGAUUUUCUGAUGACUUGGGUUGAAAGUCAGCUCAACAACGAGCAUCUGUUUCCAACUCAGCUCGGAGUGCCUUUCCCGAAAAACUUUGCAUCAACAAUUAAAGUGAUUUUCAAGCGUCUCUUUAGAGUUUACGCUCAUAUUUAUCAUACUCAUUUCCAGCAUAUCAUGACUCUUGGAAUGGAGUAUCAUUUAAACACCUGUUUUAAGCAUUUUAUUUUCUUCAUUGAUAGAUUUAAGCUUGUAGACCAAAAAGAACUUGCCCCGCUUGCAGAGCUCAUACAACAGUUCAGAGAAAGAGGCAGAGAAAGGAUGGAAAGAGAAGCUCUGGGUGCCCAAAGGCAUUAA